AUGCUCAUCAACACUCAUACAUCGCCAACAUUCCAGUGUCCAACGUUGAUACGUUUCUUUGUGUUCCUCGUAAUUAUGUGCAUAUCCUUGGAUAAAAGUAAUUCAGUGGAACUAUCCGAUUGGCAGGAUGUGUCUAAUUCAGAUAUUCAAAAAUUUGAAAAUAUGGUACGGACGGUAUUAAAAUGUCGCCAGGUUCCUGCUGCCUCUAUAACAUUAGUAAAAAAUAAUGUGGUGUUACUUUCUAAAAAUUAUGGAUAUUCUGACCCAGAAAGACAGAUCUCUGUUAAAAGAGACACUAAAUUUUGUAUCGGGUCAUUAACAAAGGCCUUCACAGCAGUAAUACUUUCCAAAAUUCUUAGUGAACAUCCGAAUGUCACAUGGGAAACCUCAGUGAAAUCUAUAUUAGGAGAUGAAUUUCGGCUGAGCGAUGACCUUCGCACAGAUAUGGUGAAUAUUGAAGAUUUGUUAGCACACAGAGUUGGUACUCCAGCUUAUUUUAAUGCAUUACUGGUUGGUUUUCCAGAAGAGGUUACUCGACUCAAUCUGAUAAAGAGGUUGCGAUAUAUGCCUGCAGUAGCACCAUUCAGAAGUAAAUUUAUGUACAGUAACUACAUGUAUACUUUAGCUGGUCACGUUGCUGAAAUACUCAGUGGUAAAUCCUGGGAAACGCUUGUCAAUGAGUAUAUGUUGACACCACUGAGGAUGUCGAGCUCUGGAUUUAUAACAGAUCGAUCUGAUUUCAAAGACAUUGCUUUACCCUGUGCUUUAAAGCAUGGGAAAUUGGUAAACCUUAACCCCAUCCUUCUACAUUCAGUUUACCCAUGUGGCCCAGCAGGUUCUCUCUACACUACCUCAGAUGAUAUGGCCAAAUGGUUACUCAUGCUCCUCAACUCGGGUAAAGAUAUGUUUGGUAAUCAAGUCUUUGAGAACAAUAUUCUGGAAGAAACUUUCAAACCCAUGAUGCCAGUACCGUUUCCUGGACAAGACCUCUUGAAAACCAAAUACCCCAUCUCAGAUGUCCAGGUAUCUUAUGAUUUAGGUUGGGUAACUUCUUAUUACAGAGGGUAUAAGAAGAUUUGGCACUCUGGUGGAAUAACUACCCAUUCGUCACGACUCUGGUUCUACCCUGACAAUAACGUUGGUAUAUUCGCUGCUGUUAAUGGACCACAAACUCGCGAGAAGACGCACGCUAUGCGAACCAUUAUGAGCUAUGCCAGUGACAUAUUGUUAGGGGAAACACCCUGGCUGAAUUAUUCAACAAUCUGUACUUUCCCUGCACCUUGGGCUGAACGUCACGCGAUCAAAGAACCUGUCACUGUUAAGCGGGUAGCUGGUGAUUUACGAACACGAGCACCACGAGAACUGGUCGGUCAUUAUUACCACUUAGGUUUCGGAGAAAUACGGGUACAUUUCGGGGAUGGAGGUGCGCUUAUUCUUCGCUAUGGUCGAUUCGGAAAAAUGUUUCUUCAUCAAGAAAAGGGAUUAGAAUUUUCUGGGAAAUAUUUUGGUCCUUUAUGGUUUAUCACUGAUUCGGAUGACAGUGUGCAAUCAGAAAAGAUUCGGUUUGUACGAAGAGGUAUGAGAAUAUCAGGAUUGUAUUUUUACGUUGAUCCACAGUAUGACCCCUCGUUCUUUAGAAAAGGCAAGAUGCCAAAGGUUUGGUCAGAUCCCUUUUUGCGGACAGAAAACCAGAAUUGUAACCAAACAUCUAGUGCUGAAACUAUAAAUGCAGUUCUAACAUGUGCUUUUGGAUUUAUUGGUUUCACGUUGUCGGUGACGCUGUGA